UCAGAAUUUUAAUGUAUUAACACAAACUGUUCUCCCGCAACGUUGAUUACACUGUGAGUCGGGUCGGGUUACGGAAAUGGAUGAAAAAAAGGUCCACGUUCCGUUGCGUAGCAGGAGUGAUCUAUCUGAUCUUUGGUGGAGUCAUUCUCUGCAGCCCGUUGCCAUAGUGACUUACGCUUCCCCCCCUCAAUGCGGCUUGCAGGUUUUUGUGUUCCCUCCCCAUUUUGCUCCUUAUCCAUUCCUCUCUCAGCUGAGGCGUGACGCCGUCGUUCAAUCGCAGUUCAGCUUCCACCAGAUCCCCACUGCAAGAAGCAAGCAAAGAUAACGACAGCUCGAUUCCGGCUGAAUCCCAGCGACGUGCCAGGCUGACAAACUUGGGAGUGAUGGAGGAACUGCAAGAUGUACAGUUGACCGAGAUUAAGCCACUUCUGACGGAUGGGAAUUCUGCCAGAAAUUUCCAGGAUUUUGACUGUCAGGAACAUGACAUUGAAACCGCGCACGGGGUGCUCCACGUGACCAUGCGCGGAACUCCGAAGGGGAACAGACCCGUCAUCCUGACCUACCACGACAUUGGGCUCAAUCAUAAAUCUUGCUUCAACACAUUGUUUAACUAUGAGGACAUGCAUGAGAUCACGCACUACUUUGCCGUGUGCCACGUUGAUGCCCCUGGACACCAGGAAGCGGCUCCACCUUUCCCAACAGGGUACCAGUACCCAACCAUGGAUGAGCUGGCUGAGAUGCUGACUGCAGUUCUAACCCACUUAAACAUCCAAAGUGUGAUUGGAAUUGGAGUUGGGGCUGGGGCCUACAUCCUUACCAGAUUUGCGCUGAAUCACCAAAGUCUCGUUGAGGGACUUGUCCUGAUCAACAUUGACCCUUGCGCUAAAGGCUGGAUGGACUGGGCUGCAUCAAAGCUCACGGGAUGGACCACCAACUUGGAUGACAUUGUGCUGGGUCAUCACUUCAGCAGCGACGAGCUGGAAAAUAACCUGGAGCUGAUCCAGACCUAUCGACUCCACAUCGCCCAGGAUAUCAACCAGGAAAACCUGCAUUUCUUCGUCAAUUCAUACAACAGUCGCAGAGACCUGGAAAUUGAGAGACCAAUCAUUGGUGUUAAUGAAACCACGGUUAAAACGCUGCAGUGCUCUGCCUUGCUGGUUGUUGGUGACACCUCUCCUGCCGUGGACGCUGUGGUCGAGUGUAAUUCCAGACUAAACCCAACAAACACGACACUACUGAAGAUGGCAGAUUGCGGAGGUCUACCACAGGUUGUCCAGCCUGGCAAGCUGACCGAAGCCUUCAAAUACUUUGUGCAGGGAAUGGGCUACAUGUUUCGCACUAAUUUGCCAGCGGUCACCAUGACCAGGCUAGCCCGGGCCAGGACCACUUCCGUAUCGAGCGUGGGAUCCGGCGACAUCGCUCGCAACCAGUCUCCUGCCGUCAGCCAAGCCGAUGCCAUCAGGAACAGAGAAACAAACCAAGGUGCCGCUCGGACCAUGGAGGUCUCCUGCUAAAGCAGCAAUGUCAUCCUCUUAUUUAUAUUUUUCCUUUCCCCCUUUCUUGAUUUAAGAAAUUCCCUGCCGACAUGGCUGAGCCUUCAGUGCAGAAUCUCAACAGUAGAGAGCAAGGUUCUUGUUUAGCUGUCGCAGUAGUGUAUGCUGGCUCCUCGGUUGAAGCUUUUGUCUAUGGUUGAUGUUUGUGUUUUGUUUCUAUUGCUAUACUUUCACCCAAGUAGUGAAUGCACACUUAUUUUCCAGCGUUCCCUGAGUUAGCCCCGAUUCAUAAGUUCAUAAAUUAGAGGAGCGUAAUUAGGCCAUUCGGCCCAUCAAAUCACAGCUGAUCUAUCUUUCACUCUCAACCCCAUUCUCCUGUCUUCUCCCCGUAAUGCCUGACCCCCAUACUAAUCAAGGACCUAUCAAUCUCCACCUUAAAAAUAUCCAUUGACUUGGCCUCCACAGCCUUCUGAAUUCCACAGAUUCACCACCCUCUGACUAAAGAAAUUCCUCCUAGCCUUUCUGAAGAUGCGUCCUUAUAUUCUGAGGCUAUGGCCGCUGCCCCUAGACUAGUGGAAAUAUCCUCUCCACAUCCACUCUAUCCAUUCCGGUAAGUUUCAAUGAGAUGCCCGCUCAUCCUUGAUUUGUUUAUUCCCACUGGAUUUAAAGGCCAGUGCCAGAAUUUCCUUGCUAUUCAUUGUAAAGCUUCUCAAUAGACAGAUGCUGAAAUAUAUAAUUCUGCAUAGUUUUUCAGAAUACAUUUUUUUGGGGGUUUUUUUGCAGCCUCGCGCUCUGUUACCUAUGGGCUAAAAUAGGUGGUGGUUAUAGAUACAGAGACGGGUUCCUGCUCGUGAUUUUUGGGUUAACGUCACAGUUAAAUAUCCUCAGUACGUGGAGAUUUGACGGGGGGGGGGGGGGGGUUUAGUUUAGUGAUGCAACGUAGAAACGGGUCCUUCGGCCCACCGAGUCCGCGCCAAUCAGCGAUCCCCGUACACCAACACUAUGGGACAAUUUUAACCAAAGCCGAUUAGCCUACAAACCUGGACUUCUGCAGAGUGUGGGAGGAAACCGGAACUCCCAGAGAAAACCCACGCGGUCACGUGGGGAACAUACAAACUGUGUGCAAACAGCGACCGUAGUCAGGGUCGCACCUAGGUCCCUGGCGAUGUAAGGCAGCAACUCUACCGCUGCUCCACCCUACCGUAUACUUUGUGGGUCCGAUUAUUUAAUUCCAAAGAUGUGCUCAUAUAACCGAACCGGGUCUAUCAACCUCGUUAACUCUACCCAUAACCCACGCCAAUUAUCCUGAUACUCAUGGCCAGUUCAACCUUGAGCAUUGCUGACACAAAGCUAACAGGCUUGGUGUCCAUUUUGAAGAUUCAAGGUGAUCUCAGCAAGUGUCGAAGCUUCGAUUACUUUUUAUUUAACCAGCCUACCGUUGCUUCCCCCCACCCACGACCCAUGGACUGGGCAGUCAUUGGGAAUACGUCACGUGCAGGACCUCCUUAAUGUUUGGAGCUGCGCCUCCCCCAUAUAACGAAGGUUAUUGGGCAAUAUGUGUCUGGGUCUUUUGUCACCAAGGUAAGAUGCAGAGUUCUGGAGUAACUCAGCAGGUCAGGCAGCUUCUCUGGAGGGAAUGGAUGGGUGAUGUUUCAGUUUAUAACCCUACUUCAGAGCCAGUAUCUCUGGAGAACAUGGAUGAGCAACGUUUCAAUUUGGGGCCCCUCUUCAGAGCCUGAAGAAGGGUCCCGAUUCAAUUUUGCCACCCAUGUUCUCCAGAGACACUGGUUGACCCACUGAGUUAAUCCAGCACAUUGUGUCCUUUUUUUUUUGCAUCUGCAACUCCUUGUAUCGCUGUUUUCUCUCCAGGGUUUGAGUCCAGUUAUCCACCCAAAUCAGUAACGUGAGUGAGUUGCCACUGAGGGGUGAGAGGAACACACUUUUUUGCAACUGUUUCAAGUUUUUCCCCAAAACCUGUUCAGCAUUUACUUAAAUCCCUACGUCCAUAUUAAAAAUGCAACUGCAGAUGCCUGUUUCCACAAAAGGACUCAAAGUGCUAGAGUAACUCAGCGGGUCGGGCAGCAUGUCUGGAGAACGUGGGUAGAUGGCAUUUCAGGUUGGGACCCGGAAUAAGGAUCGGGACCCAAAAGGUCACCUACCCAUGUUAUCUAGCGAUGCUAUCUGACUGGCUGAGUUACUCCAACACUUAGUGACUUUUCCAGGGUGGGAAUUCCUAUUAAAUGUUAACUCUCCUCUCUCGCUUUCGGUGGUGGAAGAAGUGCAUUUUGGGUGCUGUCUGUACGGAGUUUACACGUUCGCCCGGUGACCGCGUGGGUUUUCUCUGGGGGCUCCGGUUUCCUCCCACACUCCAAAGAUGUGCAGGUUUGUAGGUUAAUUGGCUUUGGUAAAAAUUGUAAAUGGUCCCCGGUACGGGGUUGAUCGCUGGUCGGCACGGAC